AUGAACGAAGACAUCUUUCCCGACCGAGAACAGAUCCCACGGUUGGCGUGCCACAUACCAGCCGUGGGCGAGUUUCAGAAAACUAUGAUUUAUUCCACCUGGGGCUACGGCCUUGUCACAGCUGCUAUCGAGCGAGUGACGGGCAAACCAUUCAGUGUCUGCGUUGAACAAUACAUUUAUCAACCACUUGGUAUGAGUCGCAGUACUACGAACGCUCCAAAAGUCGACAAUGUCGUCUUCAAACAUUGGGUUGGCAAUUAUGGAGUGGCUCACGAAUUUCCGUGGUCACUUCAGCGUGGUUGGUCAGACGAAACUGGUUUCGGCGGCGCUGUAGGAGCACGAAGUUCUAUCAGAGAGCUUCUGAUCAUGUACCGGUCUCUUUUGCAUGCGUACAACCACCAGACCAACAACAAGGUCGAUUCCACUCCUGGAUCGCCAUUCAAAUACGCUUGUCGACUACUAUAUCCUCACAUCGGCGUUGGGAUCGCUUCACUUGAGAAACAAGGCUACUGUUUGGGGACCUACCGAACCCAACUCCCGGGAAAUUUGUCUGCUGCGAGUUACAACUCCAUACUUCUGCAGCAAAAGAACAGCCGACAAUUCGGAAAAACUCAUGCUGGCCGCGCUAUCUUCCACCAGAUAGCCACUUUCACAGGCUACAACGGAUUGAUGCUGUUGGAUCCACUGUCUCAGACUGCCAUAGUUGUACUGGUCAAUUCGUUGCCACUUUUCGAUAUUACCGAUGUUCUUGGACGGUUACUUCUUGGAACGAUCCUUGGAGAGGAUGAUCCGACAGACUACAUAGGUCUGGCAAAUUCAGUCAAGGAUAUAAACAUGCUUCUCUAUGACGUCUAUGCCGCAGGUCUUGACAAGAGGAAGGCGGACGUCGCCCUUAGCUUCCCUUUAAAGUAUUACGAGGGAGACUAUUGGAACAAAGACAAAAUCAUCUGCUAUUCGGUCAACGUUCAUGGGGAAGAUCAAAUUCGAGUAAAUGUGAAAGGGAGUUCACUAACUAAUUAUAUCUUACAUUCCUGGGGAGGGGACUUGUUUUGUUUGCCACCAGACAGGGAAAGGGAGCUCUCGCAGAGCAUGUGGCCGUUCACUUCUCUUAAAUCCCGCAUGUUCAAGUUCAACUGUAGCAAAGGCCGCGUUCUAAGCUUCACUUGGCACCAUGAUAUAACACCCGGGAGUGCACCGGAAACUUUCACCAAAAACGAUCAGAACUCAACUGCGAAGUUGUAG